AUGGCGCGAGUUCUGAGGACAUCAUUAUUUGGCCUGACGGUCGGCUGGCUGUCAGGUGGUCGACUCUUCCAAUCGCCGGAGGACCAGGCGGACUUUCGAUUACCUGCUCCAUACGAGGCCGCGGCGAAUGCAGAGCAUCUCAGGCCCAGGCGCAACUCGCAAUUGGAAGGCAGUUCUGACAAACCGAGAGGAAUACCAAGCUGCAGAUGGAUCGAACCGGAAAUUCAGACCGAUGGGACCGUCCUGGUCGGUUGGUAUACCGAUGACGAUGCAGAAAACCCGAAGAAUUGGCCGUGGGCGGCUAAGCUGCUCGUAUACCUGCAGGUCAACAUCUACACGUUUGUGAUCUACAUGUCGUCGUCCAUCUUCUCGCCAGCAGAAAAGGAGUUUAUUCGGGUCUUCCACGUUCCACAGUCGGUCUCCUCCUUAGGACUGGCCAUAUACGUCUUGGGCUAUGGAGUCGGUCCGAUGCUAUUUAGCCCCUUGUCAGAAGUGGCCUGGAUCGGGCGCAAUCCGCCAUAUUUGCUCUCCUUGUCCAUCUUUGUUCUCCUGAGUAUCCCAGCCGCUAUGGUCAACAGUGUUCCCGCAUUCCUAGUUAUUCGGUUUCUGCAGGGCUUCUUUGGUUCGCCCUGUUUGGCCACUGGAGCCGCCUCCAUCGCCGACGUGACAAGGGACGAGUAUUUUCCAUACGGGCUGUAUACUUGGGCAGUAUCUGCCGUCGCGGCGCCUGCGGUGGCCCCGACCAUCGCAGGCUUUAGUAUUCCGGUUAAAGGGUGGCGAUGGUCCAUGUGGGAGGUCCUCUGGGCUGCAGCGGGGAGCCUGGCCAUUCUGUGUUUUCUCCCGGAGACAUAUUCGCCAUGUGUCCUGCACUACCGUGCUCGCCGUCUCCGCCGUCUCACCUCCAAAUCAACAUUCCAAGCUCCCGCGAAUCUCGACCAGCGGUCAAUCUCCCUCUGGCGGAACUUGAUCCAGGCGCUCGUGAUUCCGUGGAAAAUCAACGCAUUAGACCCAGCUAUUUUGUUCAGCACAGUGUAUAUAUCAUUGGUAUAUGGGAUUUUUUACUCGUUCUUCGAAGUCUUCCCCAGAGUGUACGGGGAUAUCUACCAGAUGAACCUUGGUCAGGUUGGCCUGAUAUUCCUCACGGCUCUAGUCGGAACCUCUCUAGUGCUGCCCUUCUACUUUGCCUUCAUUUACUACUGGCUGCACCGCCCAUAUCUUCAGGGUAGCUGGUCUUCUAUUUUGCCCGAGAUUCGACUCAUCCCGGGACUGAUAGGGACAUUUCUGGUGCCCAUCGGCUUGGUAAUCUUCGCGUGGACCGCACGGCCAACGAUCCAUUGGAUUGUCCCCACUAUUGGGUUCUUAAUAAAUAUAUCCGGCAUGACCCUGGUCAUGCAGAGUAUAUUCGGGUAUAUUGCCAUGGCGUAUCCCCCGUAUUCGGCUAGCCUGUUUGCCAUGAACGACUUUGCGCGGUCCACCCUCGCUUUUGCCGCUAUCUUGUGGUCCGGCCCGUUAUAUGAGAAUCUGGGCGUAGCCAGAGGCACGACCUUGAUUGCCGGGCUGACAGGCGGCUGCAUACUGGGGAUGUACGGAUUCUAUUACUGCGGCCCAUGGUUGAGGAAGCGGAGUCGGUUUGCAGCAUAA